AGUGAGCAACCAAAACCAGAUGGAGGGAGAAAAAUAUGGAGGCCAUGUACUAGUGCUCCCAUAUCCAGGCCAAGGCCACAUAAACCCUCUUCUCCAAUUUGCUAAACGCCUAGCCUCCAAAGGUGUCAAAGCUACACUAGCCACAACCCAUUACACUGUCAAAUCCAUUUGUGCACCCAAAGUUGGGGUCGAGUCCAUCUCCGAUGGGUUCGACCAGGGUGGCUUCGCUCAGGCUCGAAACGAGGAUGUAUACCUAAAAUCAUUCAGAGAGAAUGGCUCAAGAACUCUAUCUGAGCUCAUCCAGAAGUACAAAAACUCAAGCUCCCCAGUAAAUUGUGUGGUCUAUGAUUCAUUUCUACCAUGGGCUCUUGAUGUUGCUAAGCAAAAUAGCAUAUUUGGAGCAGCAUUUUUCACGAACUCAGCCACUGUUUGUGCUAUUUUCUGUCGCAUACACCAUGGUUUGUUGAGUUUGCCUGUGAAGAUUGAAGAUACACCCAUGAUGAUUCCUGGUCUGCCUCCUUUGAACUUUCCUGAUCUGCCAAGCUUUCUGAAAGCACCUGAAAGUUACCCUGCUUACCUGAAAAUGAAAUUGAGUCAGUUCUCUAAUUUGGAUCAGGCUGAUUGGAUUUUUGGCAACACCUUUGAGACAUUAGAAAGCGAGGCGGUAGAAAGUGUAUCAGAGCUAUGGCCAGGAGAGUUGAUCGGGCCAAUGGUCCCAUCGGCAUACUUGGAUGACCGGAUUGAUGGAGACAAAGGAUAUGGAGCAAUCCAGAGAGUCACUUAUCACAGGAGUCCAUCNCCAUGGGCUCUUGAUGUUGCUAAGCAAAAUAGCAUAUUUGGAGCAGCAUUUUUCACUAACUCAGCCACUGUUUGUGCUAUUUUCUGUCGCAUACACCAUGGUUUUUUGAGUUUGCCUGUGAAGAUUGAAGAUACACCCAUGAUGAUUCCCGGUCUGCCUCCUUUGAACUUUCCUGAUCUGCCAAGCUUUCUGAAAGCACCUGAAAGUUACCCUGCUUACUUGAAAAUGAAAUUGAGUCAGUUCUCUAAUUUGGAUCAGGCUGAUUGGAUUUUUGGCAACACCUUUGAGACAUUAGAAGGCGAGGCGGUAGAAAGUGUAUCAGAGCUAUGGCCAGGAGAGUUGAUCGGGCCAAUGGUCCCAUCGGCAUACUUGGAUGACCGGAUUGAUGGAGACAAAGGAUAUGGAGCAAGCAUCAACUUCCAUUCUUAA